AUGUGGAGGUUAAGCAGAGUUCGACAUAAAGCCGCCCGAGCAGGCAACAGCCUGGAGGAGUUCCGUUUAAAGAGGCAAAAGCACGAAACAGCACUUCGUCAGGCCCGCCGAGAUAAACAACUGGUCAGCAAGCGACUCCUGCUAAAUGAAGAGGACGGGCAGCAAGACGCCCAUAUGGACACUUGUUCAGAUGAUAAGGAUAUUGUCGGUUUGCUCCACAAGCUUCAACUCAGUGGUCCAGAGAAGGAAGCCUACCUUAAAACUUUAAGCAAAUCCCUUCAUGAUCCACUGGCUCAGCUUGUCUUCAUCAAGCAAGAGAACAGUAUUCAUAUGCUGGUCAGCCUACUCACCGGAUCCAACACUCGGUGUCGCCUUCAAUCUGUCCGCUGUCUACACGAGCUCUCUCAGUCUCCUCACCCAAGUGUGGCCCCAGCCUGCCUGCCUGCUACGCCCUACCUACUUACCUAUCUGUCUGGACAAAGCACCAGAUUCACUGAGCUUUGUCUUUACACGCUUGGUAACUUGUGUCCGGACAGUGACAUUGUGAGAAAGAAACUUUUGGCUCAGGGAAUCAUUCCAGCACUGGCCACCUGUAUAGAGAAUCAAAGUCAUAAUAUGGCAGUUGUUGAAGCUGCCGGCUUUACGCUGUCACAGCUUCUCCAAACCACAGAAGCGUCAGAGAAAAUAAUCACGUUGGUUCUUGCCUCUAAUUUACCUUCACACCUUUUAGCAGUCCUGACUCCCAACCAGAAUUUUUCCCUUGGCCCUGCCAUUGAGUGUGCGUGGUGUCUGCACUACCUGACAUGCAGUGGUGAGAAUAACCAAGCGCUUUUGGAUUGCGGAGCUCUGUUGCAGUGCAGUAAAUUGUUAGUGUCACUGGGUGGCACUGUUGCUCAAGGAAACAAAGACGACGGACUAGAACUGCUUGUCUGUCCUCUGCUGAGGUGCAUGGGGAACCUCCUGUCCUGCUGCACAUCAACCGAGACGAACGCUUGUUUGAGUGACAUCGGGCUCGAAGCCGCUCUGUGUGCUCUGCUUCAGGCUUAUGUCCACUCUCGACCCUAUUUGGCGAGAGAAAGUGCCUGGGUCCUCAACAAUCUCACAGCGCAAUCCAAUUUAUUUUGUUCGGCCCUGAUAACGCUCAACUUGGUCCCGAGGUUGAUCCAGCUUCUGCCAUUCUCUCAAGGCAUCAAUACGAUGAUCCUGAGAGUUCUAGCAAACGUGGCCCACAAGAAAAAGGAGUUCUGCAUCAAGUUGGCUGAGAUCGGACUGCUUUCAUCCCUCUUGGCCACACUUAAAAUGGCAGAUCAAGACGUGAUUACCCUGAGUCUGGAAAUCCUUUUUAUACUCUUAUCUAGUGGUUCUCAUGUCAUAAAGGACUUCGUUAGUCAAGGUGGCAUUUCACUUGUGGAAACUUUCCUUUACUCCAGCGAAGAAAAUGUAAGACGAAGGGCAUCAUACCUCCUGGAUCAUCAUCAUCUUUCUCCUUCCUCACCGCGCUUUGUUGUUAUUAUGAUCUGCGGCUUUGCUGAGGUCAUGAUGGGAUUCAUCUUGAUCAGUGAAACCCCGGAAAACUCCAAUGAAACUCUAGGAAACUCCACUUACCUCUAUAUACCUUUCUGGCAGGGAGCCUUGUUUCUCAUCUCUGGAAACCUGUCCAUCUACACCACCGCAUUUCCAUCGAAAAGGAUGGUUAAUGGGGGCGUCGAUGAUCCAGUGGCGGCUGGCUCCUUUGGCAGAGCUGCAGGAGGAGAGAUGGGCCGCACCUGCUCACCUCCUCGCUCCUACUCUCCGUCUCAAAGCAGCUGA